GAGAGAGAGAGAGAGAGCGGAGCGCGCGCGCUGGAGCUCCAGUGAGUGUGUGAGCGCGCGCUGGUUCGGUCUGUCUGUCGGUACAGCAGCUCCAGUGAUCUUCAGGCCCAUCUGUGUUUCCCUAUCACCGGUGUGUUUCCACGCACUUCUCACGCGUGUUUCUCAUCUGGCUGAUUUUCGUCUGGCUGAUUUUGCCCUAGUCUGAUUUUACCCUCGUCCGACUGGUUUUACCCUGUGCUCCGGUCAGCUGAGGCACACUGAGGCGGAUGUGAGUAGUUGAGUAGCGUGUGGGUCCAGAUCAGCUGUGGUGAUGGAUGUAAUCCGCCGCUGAGAGUUGCUGUGGUCUGCAGUAAGCUGCCGGCAUCCGUGUACGAAUGAAGAUGCGCUAGAGGCGCCUACGUUUCCUCACGGAAACCGCCUGUGCAUCCGCCUGUGACCUUUUGAACCCUGAACCCAAACGUCGGCCCUCUGCCUUGGUGGCGUCCGCUGGGCUCACCAUGUGAGGGGUUUCCAAUGCAUCUUUGAGUGGACUGGAGCACUGCCUGUUACCCCGCCCCAUUUUAUACAGACCCCGCCCCCUCCCCUAAGCCCCGCCCCCGGAUUCUAAAGAAACUCGCCAUGAUGUUCCGGGACCAAGUGGGGAUUUUGACAGACUGGUUUAAGAGCUGGAACGAGUGUGAACAGACAGUGGCGCUAUUGUCAUUGUUGAAGCGUGUUUCUCGGACACAGGCCCGGUUUCUGCACAUCUGUCUGGACCACUGGCUGGCCGACUGCACAGAGAUACACAUACUAGAGGCAGAAGCCAACAAUGCAGCCAUCGUCAGUCAAUGGCAGCAGGAGCCGAAGGAGAAAGCCGUGUCCCUCCUGCUAUCCCAUCUCCCCCUGCUGCAGCCACGGAACAGCGAAGCCAAGUGUGAAUACAUGAACCUCCUGCAGAAGGUCUUGAGCCACACUAUCGAGAGCAGCCUGUUUGUGGAGGAGAGCCGGCAGCUGCUUUCCUACGCCCUCAUUCAUCCCGCCACCACCCUUGACGACCGCAACUCUCUGGCCAUGUGGCUCAAUCAUCUGGAGGAGCACCUGUCAUCCCGGCCGCCUCCGCCCGGACCGUACCAUCACGCCCGGCAGGGGUCAGACGAGUGGCCCUGUUCGGCCGAGUCCCUGGAGCCGUCGUACUCCUGGCAAGAGAAGCUGCCAUCCACAUGCAGCUCGCCGGCCGGACAGAACGGACAUAUGCCUUUCCCUGGCACGGGUGGCGUGACCUCGCCUGUCAACAGCGGCGGCAACACGGGACUGCCUGGUCAGGUGCAGCCAAGCCCACUGAAGCCCUCGAUGUCACUCACACCCGCCAAUCAGCCAGCCUGCAGCUCUGAUUGGCUGAACCAGGAGGAGGGUGUUGGAUGUCAGGGUGUGGCCGGAGCAGAACACGCCCCCCUGUCGCCCCAGAGCAGCGUCGCAUCAUCAGGCAGCGAACAGACGGAGGAACAGAGCAACACGCGCAACACAUUUCAGGAGGACGGGAGUGGAAUGAAAGACGUCCCGGCCUGGCUGAAGAGUCUUCGUCUGCAUAAAUACGCAUCGCUAUUUUCUCAGAUGACGUAUGAAGAGAUGAUGAUUCUCACAGAACAACACCUGGAGUCGCAGAACGUGACAAAGGGAGCUCGACAUAAGAUCGCUCUGAGCAUACAGAAACUUAGAGAACGACAGAGCCUCCUGAAAUCUCUUGAAAAGGAUAUUCUGGAAGGCGGGAACGUUCGGAAUGCUUUGCAAGAGCUUCAGCAGAUCAUCAUCACGCCAAUCAAAGUUUAUACCCCGCCCACUGCUGCCCAGAAGGAGGUGGAGCCUGGAGUUACACCUGUUGAUAAAGCAGCCAAUCCCAGCGAAGAGAAGGACACUGAGGGCUUCCAGACCCACAAUCCUCCAGCAUGUGAUGGAGAGUCCUCGUCCGCACCCAUCUCUGACGGAGAUAUCGCGGGACAGUUCACGCGUGUGAUGGGGAAAGUUUGUACGCAGCUGUUGGUGUCCAGACCGGACGAGGAGAACAUCAGCUGUUACCUGCAGCUCAUUGAGAAAUGUCUUACGCACGAGGCGUUCACAGAGACGCAGAAGAAGCGGCUGUUAUCGUGGAAACAGCAGGUGCUGAAGUUGCUCCGCCUCUUCCCACGGAAAACCAUGAUGGACAGCGGCGUGUACCGGAGAGGGUGGCCGGCGUACGGAUCCAACUCUCUGCCCACAGCUGGAUCUGUGAGCGCAGGUUUGGGCAGACGGGGGCAGAGGCCCUUCCAGAUGCCCCCGCGAGGAGCUCCACCACCCGGCCGCAUGGGGCUGAUGACUGCCGGCGGUCUGACCGGAGCAUCGCCCCGACACUCGCUCGCCAACCCCGCGGCCGUCAGCGCACAGGGUCGACAGAACCUGUGGUUCGGGAAUCCUGGAGGUAGUAACAGCAUGCCGAGCCAGAGCAGAAGUUCUGUGCAGAGAACUCAUUCUCUUCCUGUUCACACGUCUCCACAGACCAUGCUUCUGUUCCAACAACAAGAAUGCCAAGUUCCGGGGACAGAUCUGGAGAUUAACCCCACGCUGGAGUCUCUGUGCCUCAGCAUGACAGAGCAUGCCUUAGGAGACGGAAUGGACAGAACGUCGACGAUAUGAGAAUCAAGCCAGUGGAAGAACUGACCGUUCACUUCUUCUUCUUGGUCACCGAGUCGUUUGGCCGGUGCUCCAGUAGCCCAGCACACACACUCAAACAACACGAGUCACUACAGAUCACACACAACUAA